AUUUACUAUACGCUGGAAGCAGAAGCUUUUAGCACAAUGAACGAAUGAUAUAACGUCAUUCUAGUAUGUUACAAUGGGCAACACCAAAAACGGUUUGCCAUUUUUAUCGUGCGACAAAAAGAAAGCCUCGUCCAGGGUAUGCAAAAGCCCCGUAAAAGGCCUGCAGUUUACAAUUGAAAGUGAUUUUAGGGUGUUUUAGUGGAAAUUAGUUAAAUAUAUAUCGUCAGAAUGGCGCUCAAUCCACAAUACGAUGCAAUUGGCAAAGGAUUUGUACAGCAAUAUUACACACUGUUCGAUGAUCCGGCACAACGACCAAACCUAGUGAAUAUGUAUAAUGUUGAAACGUCAUUCAUGACCUUUGAAGGAGUACAGUUGCAAGGUGCAGUUAAAAUAAUGGAAAAGUUAAAUAGUUUGACAUUUCAAAAAAUUGGAAGGAUUAUAACUGCCGUUGACUCACAGCCCAUGUUUGAUGGUGGAGUACUAAUAAACGUGCUUGGGCAGCUCCAGACGGAUGAUGAUCUACCACAUGCAUACUUUCAAACAUUUGUACUGAAGCCAAUAGCAAACUCAUUCUAUGUAGAACACGACAUGUUCAGGCUGGCACUUCACAACGUCUAAUUACUUUUAUCUACAGAUACAAAUGCGACGACGACCCUCCACACCCGUACAUGCAAACAUUUGUUCUGAAGCCACUGGGAGACUCAUUCUUUGUACAGCACGACCUAUUUCGCUUAGGCAUCCACGACAUAGCCGCCUAAUUUCUAAGCUUCAAUAUGAAAUCGAUCAAGAAAAUCCAUACUUACUAAUAUGGUCGCCACGCUAUUUCGAACAGCUAUUGUUUUGGUUAACUAGGUAUAAGUAUUGAUCAAUUGCCUAUCGUUUAAAAAAUUCAAAUUGUACAUUAUCAUAAUAUUGAAUAUUUGGCAUUCAUUUUCUGCUUAGAUGUUUGAGAUGGCUUAAGUAAGCAAGUACGGCGGACUCUUUUUUCAGUUACAUGUAUACAUUUUAUAAUAAAUACAUUAUAAUUUUUUACUCA